AUGUUUCUCCUUACCUCCGAGGUCCUUCCUGGAGACCUCACCAUGGACGAUGUUCUCAUUGUAUCUUUCCUCCGCCACCACCCUGAGUGUCCGUGCUCCGACAGAUCGUACGAGUUCACUGAGACCCCCACUGAGCUCGACGGAGCGAUAGUUGGUACCUGUGUCGUAAAAUGCGGAGGAACCCUGAGUUUUCAUCUCCGGAACGAAUACAUUGAGAAUCAGCAACAGCAACGCCUUUCCACUACGCCAGCGCCCACAGCCGAAAGUCCUGUUAAUAUUUCGAAGACUCCCGCGCCAUCUGAUACCGAGACGUAUCCGUCUACUAUCGCAACAGAAGCGGCUUUUCCGUUCCUUGAUGGUCCGCACCUCCGCAUCGACGCUUCGGGACUUGGAACUACUCGCGGCCCUGACUAUAUGCAGCUCAAUGCCGAACUCGAACUCCCCAGCUGCUCUGAUUAUUCACGUCACCAACACUGCUCACUGCUUUGGCUACCAAAGCGUUGCUCGGUUUGCCAUCAGCUUUUUGCUGCACGGAGCGCGCCAGCUAAUGCCUGCUUUCCCGAAAGUGAGGCUGUGGGUCAGCUUCUCUAUGGCACGGAUGGUGAUUUGAAAGAAUUAAAUUCCUCCGGGUAUAUUGCAAGAUAUGAGAAGGAUAGCAGUGCGGAGCGUAAUUGA